AUGCAAAUUGAAAAAACUGACCUGGCCAAUUUAAAUAAGAAUACUGAUAACUAUAAAAUUAACAGGUCGAUUAAAGGACAACCAAAUAUUCCAAAUUUGCCAUCAAAGGAGACUUUAGCAUAUGCACGGAAAAUAAGUGAACAAUUGAAUUAUGAUAAUCAAAAUGUUAAUGGUGUAAAUUUUCAGGAUAGAUUAGACGAUGAUCACAUCCUGACAUUAUCAAGCAAUAUAAAAGAUAUUCGUAGACAGUAUUCGAAUUAUUCUUCUAUCGGGUCCGGUAAUUUAGCUAGUGAAAGUGGGACUUCACAUGCUAGAUACGAAACGGAAAGUGAACUUGAACAUUUUCAUAUGCGAGAUGCAUUUGAUCAGUUAGAUUACGAAUAUAAUUCAAGUAUGGAUAAUACUAAAAUAAUUGUACCCUUACCAAGAAAUAAAAACAGACCUAAGUCUCAGAUAUGUGUAUUAAACGAAACUAAUUCGUUUAAUACAAAUAUUCAAGGACCUCCAUCGAUUAAAAUACAAUAUGUGGGUGAUUUAGGGGUAAAAACAGAAGGUAGAGAUAGGAACAUAGUUAUUGAAGAUAAUAAUUACAAAUAUAAACAUACUGCUGAAAGUAAGGACGAGGUCCAAGAGCAUAAAGAAGAAGAAGGGGGAGACAUUAAUGAGUAUUUACAAAGACCUGUUCCUGAAGAACCAUUAAAAGGUGAUGAUUCCAAUAAAGAUGUCGAGAAUUCAUCAAUCAUAGAAAAUAUCCAGCAGCAUGAUGAUAAUGAUUGUUGUGAUACAAAGGACAGUACUAGUGCUAAGAAGACUUUCUCUAUCCAACAACAAAGAAAUAUAAACACUCUAUCUCAAUUGAUAUCUAUAGCUAAUACAAGUACUGUAGGAAUGGAGUUUGAUAGGUUAUCUAUCCCUAACGAAGAAAAGAUGCUAUUAGAGCAAUUUAUCGAUACAUUAUCAAGGCUUGCAGUGGAUAUAUUCUUAGAUCCCUCACGUAGAACAGAAAUCCUAAAAAGGUUAGACAGUGCUACACGUGUCCUAGAAGGAUUUUAG